UCAAACAUAUGCUAUAUACAACCAGAUACAACCAAAUACUCAGUGACACUUCGUAAUAUAUUCGGUUAAAAUCUUAAUGCUUUACACCAGUAUUUUACUACUUUUAUUAAUCACUACUAAACGAAAAAAUUUCUUGUAUUUUUGAAAAUAAUUUAGCUGAAUAAAAUUUACAGCAUUUUUAAAAUUAAUUACGAAAAAUGGCUGAUCCUAAAUAUGCCGAUUUACCUGGGAUUGCAUAUGAUCAAGUGGACGUUUAUGAGACCACUGAUUUACCAGAAUCAGAACAAUUUCAACUUUACCCCGAGGAUGAGACAGAUUCUAUAGAGAAAUUACAUACUAGUGCCACUGAAGCAUUUAUUAAAUUUAAAAAUAAACGUUUCCUCAGCAAGGAAGUUGACUUUUCCGAUCGAAUAUCACUCAAACCAAGAACUGGCUAUAAAUUUGGAGAUUGGGAAUUACCUGGUGAAGGAGAGAAAGAAACCCCUAUUCAAAAGUACCAGCGCUUGCAAUGUGAAAUAAAAGAAUUAUAUGAAGAAGUAAAUGACUUGAAGGAAAAAUCAAAAGAAGAAAAGGUGAAAUCUGUUGCUGAUAUAAUUUCCCAAGUACAACUCUUAGGAAAACAAUUAGAUUCCUUAAAAUUAGAAGAAUGUCUCGGGGCUGAUCUUGUUGCAACUCUGUCAGAUCCACAAGGCACAAGAAUGAAACAACUGAUAUCACAAAUACAAGCAUUCAAGCAGACUAGUAUUCUUACUUCUGAAACUGAUUCAAAGUCACAGAAUGCAAAAGAUGAUAAAGCAACUGAACCUGGUGUACUUAAGUAUCAGAUGAUGUAUCUUCCAGAAAAAGCAAGAAUGCAGGAAGCAGCAAGAAUUGCAUUACUUGAACAAAGGCUUUGCAAUUUAGAAAGUGUAAUUGGGACAACCAGUGAUAAACUUUCCAAAUUUUCACAGAAUCUCAAAGGUCAAGGAGUAAUGGAAGCUCUUCAAGAAUUAGGAGCAAAAGCUGCAUUAUUAGAUACUUACCAAUUAGAUAUAAUUGAAAGCCGAUUAGCCGCACUAAUUCAUAGAAUGGAUAAUGUUGCACAGAAAAAGACUGCAUUAACAUUAGAUUCGGAACAAGAACAAAAAAUUUCGGAAAUGUAUGAUAUUAUGAAACAAACGGAAACUAUCUCACAAAUCUUACCACAAACCGUAAAUCGAAUGUUGGCUUUAAAUACUAUUCAUCAGCAAGCUGCUACAUUCAACAAAUCUUUAACACGUUUGGAGGAAUUACAAUCACAAAUAACUUCUGACUUGGAAAGUAACAAAUCUCUUUUAAAAGGAGUACAAGAGAGCUUUGCAUCAAACUUAGAAAUUAUUAAAAGUAACAUAGAAUCAUUAGAUGAACGUAUUAAAAAACUGAACGUGUAAUUCAUAAGAGCGUCAUUGAAAUUUUCAUUAUAGAUUGAUAUUUUAACUUGUUUAAUAGAUAUUUAUUAAAUUAUAUAUUAUUUACUAAUA